AUGCGAAAAUCCCAGAAAAUGCCCUCCUAAUAAUAAUUAAAUCAAAUACAUACACCAACUAUGACAUCAUAAAUUAACUAGAGUCCAGACUUAUCUCCAAUAAAUAAACCAUAAAAAUAAAUAAUAAGGAAAACAUCCAUGAUUGAAUUACACAGAGUAGAAAAUGAAGAUAUUUAAAUCAAACCUAAAAGAGUUAUAUAAAACAUAAAAGAUACAAAAUAAUAAUUAUUCUCAUAAUAAAUUCCUCGAAAUGAAAAAAAAUAAAAACCAAGAGUAGAGACAUCUGAAGGUUAAAAUAGAGGCCUCGAUUUUACAUUUGCUUAGAACUUCUCAAAUAAAUAAAUCAUAAUGAAAGAAUUCUCCUCGAAUGGCCUAACCAAAAAAUUUUUUGUAUGA